AUGGCCUUCCUCUGGCUGCUCUCCUGCUGGGCCCUCCUGGGCACCGCCCUCAGCUGCGGGGUCCCCGCCAUCCACCCCGUGCUGAGUGGCCUGUCCAGGAUCGUCAAUGGGGAGGACGCUGUCCCCGGCUCCUGGCCCUGGCAGGUGUCCCUGCAGGUGAGAGGGGGAUUCUGUCCGUGUGGGGGGUACAGCGGGUGGCGGCCAGGUGGGGGAGCUGCCUCAGCCCGCUCUGGCCGCCCGCAGGUCUUCAAGAACCCCAAGUUCAGCAUGCUCACCGUGCGCAACGACAUCACCCUGCUGAAGCUGGCCACGCCCGCCCAGUUCUCCCAGACCGUGUCCGCCGUGUGCCUGCCCAGCGCCGACGACGACUUCCCCGCGGGCACGCUGUGCGCCACCACGGGCUGGGGCAAGACCAAGUACAACGCCCUCAAGACCCCCGACAAGCUGCAGCAGGCGGCCCUGCCCCUCCUGUCCAAUGCCGACUGCAAGAAGUUCUGGGGAAGCAAGAUCACCGACGUGAUGGUCUGUGCUGGGGCCAGCGGCGUCUCCUCCUGCAUGGGUGACUCCGGCGGCCCCCUGGUCUGCCAGAAGGACGGAGCCUGGACCCUGGUGGGCAUCGUGUCCUGGGGCAGUGGCACGUGCUCCACCUCCAGCCCUGGAGUGUAUGCCCGCGUCACUGAGCUCAUGCCCUGGGUGCAGGAGAUCCUGGCGGCCAACUGAGUCUGUGGCCCACCCUGGCCUCCCCCUCCCUGCUCCCCCCAGAGCCUCAGUAAACCCGUGGAACACA